GACUUCAUCUUCAUACGCCCCGCAGAGAUACUUGCGUUCAACGACGCUCUCCCCGCGUUCACUGCCAUCAACACUGUUCCUGUGACCUCGACCGACUCGCAGGACUCUCACUUCGGUUGGGCGACAUCCCCGCACAAGCAUUGCAGCCUCGGCCCAGACCUCAAGCUCCCGCUCCUCGCGGACCGCAACACGUCCAUCUCACGAGACUACAGCAUCCUCAUCAAGGACAAGGGCAUCGCCCUCCACGGACUCUUCAUCACCGACCCCAACAGCAUCCUCAGGUGUGCCCACAGCGCGGCAGUGAGUACUCCAUUUGUGUUGCAGCACGAUCUCAUAGUGCCUUGA